GUGCCCCGCGCUACCACGCUCGACACCUGCGAACUCACGCGUAACGCAACCGUUUGCGUUCUCGGUGUGUACCUCUAAGUUUGAAGUAUACUGAAACUACUUUACAUCUGUGGAUCUUAGGUUCUUCUUGUGAAUCCGACUUAUUAGUGAAGUUUAAGUAAAGUGACUCGUUUCAAGUUUGGUAAAUAAUUACCUGUUAAAGUAAAAAUUGCACUGUUUCUUCACAUUUUGAAACGCGUCGUGUGUGCGGGGCUGCGGGCAUGCCUCCGCAGCGGUAGCGGCAGCAUGCGCGCGCUCACCCUGUGUCUCGCGCUGCUCUCACUGGCGCACCAUGGCCAGGCUCAAGCUAUCCAGGACAGUCGCUGCUACCUGAUGAAUGGCGGUGCUGUCGAGAGCUUCUUCAUCAGCGAGGAUACACCUGUCGGCAGCAUCAUUGGUACACUCAGUGUGAAUGGCGACCCGGCCGAGGAGCAGGGCGAUAUAUCGCUGCGGCUGCAGGAGAAGGGCGCGGCCGUGGGCAUCGCGCCCGGCACCAAGAACCUCACGCUGCUGCGCGCGCUCGACCGCGAGGAGAAGCGGGGGCCCUCCAACGUGUACGUCAACGUGCGCUGCGAUAGGAGACGAACCACUGACCCCAGCUUCAUCAUCCCGGUGUCGGUGCGCGUGUGGGACGUGAACGACAACGCGCCGCAGUGGGCGGGCGCGCCGUACCGCGUGCGGCUGUCGGAGCUGACGGCGCCCGGCACGCGCGUGGCCGUGGGCGCGCGCGCGCUCGACGCCGACCAGCCCGGCCCGCACGCCACCAUACACUACUCCGUGCUGCCCGGGCCCAACCAUGAGUACCUGGGAUUCUCCAACGAGUUGGACAGCGUGUUGGUGGUGAAGAAACCCCUGGACUAUGAGACUCUGAGUAACUUCACGGUCACGCUGCGUGCUCAGGACGCUGGCACUCCCCCGCUACAUAACGAUACAGUUCUGCAAGUACAAGUACUGGAUGCUGAUGACCAAAACCCUAAGUUCACACAUGACCACUACACUGCUACUCUACCUGAAGAUGCAAAAGAGGGUGCGAUACUAGUGACAUCACCAGGACCAAUAUCAGCCGCAGACCAAGACGUGGGAAUCAAUGCACCGCUGCAGUACUCCGCCACCGGCGAUAAUGGACGACUGCUGGUGGUGGACAAAGAUACAGGACAGAUCACUGCCACUAAGCAACUCAUCGAUGAGCUAAGCCAACCUAUAACUAUUGUUAUUAAGGCGACGCAAGUAGAUAACUCAGACCGCUACGCGCUGGCGACGCUGAGCGUGAGCCGCGACGUCGCGCGUGGCGCCGGCGUUCGGUUCCGGCGGCGGCAGUACGGCGCCGCCGUCAGCGAGGCCGCGCCGCCCGGACACACGCUGCUCACUCUGACCACCGCGCCGCCCGGACACAAUAACCUCCAGUUCUACGUGUCGGACCGCUCGUUCCUCGAUAAGUUCGCCAUCAAUAGCGCAGGCGAGGUGGUGCUACGCCGCCCACUCGACUAUGAGACUGCAGACUCUUAUCAUUAUCAAGUCAUGGUGACCGAUGGUGUCUCGAAUGACACAGCAUCAAUAAACAUAACAGUAUUAAACGUGAAUGAGUGGGAGCCGAGGUUCCGAUACCCGCAGUACGAGUUCCGAGUGGAGGAGGAUCCGCAGGACGACGUCGAGUUGCUGCCGGUCGGGAAACUCGACGUGUUCGACGGAGACAAGCGGGACACUGUCACUCUGUCACUGCGCGGCUCCGGCGCUGACGCGCUGUACGUGGACGGCGCGGGCGCGAUGUUCGUGCGCGGCGCGGCGCUGCGCUCGCUCAACUCCUCCGUGUUGCACGUCGUCGCCACCGCCGUCGACUCGGGGGCACCGCCCCGACAGACAUCGGUGCCGGUGACGGUACACCUGAGCGAGCGCUUGCUGCAGGCGAGCGGUGACGCCGGCAGUGUGUCCCGGGGCGGGGCGGGGCCCGUCAUGGCGGUGUUCGCCUGCGCACUGGCCGCCCUGGCCCUGCUCGUGUGUGCACUGCUCGGGUACAUUUACAGAGUGCGUCGUCGGUCAAAGCGCAGUGCGGGUGGCUCGGGCCCUGGUUACGUGACGCACGAAAAGCCACUAGCAGAUCCUAUCACCCCUACAUCACACCCAACCAGUGCUACCAGUAACACCCACGUGAGUGGGACUGCUGGGGCUUCGGGGCCAGCAGCGACGUUGCCCACCAGUGGCAGUACCGGGGCGCUGCGGCCCGCGGGGUCGUCCGGCUCACUACUGAGUGUGAGUGCGGGGGCCAGUACUAUACUCGCCAACUCUACCUCCAGCCUGGACCUGCAACAAGACCAACAGACUGUUACACGUGGAGCGCAGCCGAAUAGACAGAGGGGAAGAGCUGACGGACGCGACCAACCCCGCGGUGGCCGACCACAUGAACCUCACCGUCUACUUCUGACCGCCGCGCCGCACGACGCGACAUCGGAUCACGAUGCAGAGACCAAGGCACGCUCGGAGAUGACUAAUACCAAGCGCGCUCAAGACUCCUGUAAAUAUAAUAAAGGAGACAACGCAUUCAGCGAUAGUAGUACAUCGGAGAAAAAAGUUUUACAUGACCGGUAUGCAGAAAGUGAAAAUAACUUUAGUAACGCAAUGACAUCGUCGAACAUCGCAAAUGUAAAUAAUGUUCCUCUACCAGGAUCGACGACCAAAAAUUAUUACCAAGGAAGUCCUGCUAAAACUGAUCCCCUCACAGCCGCUCUCAACACUGUCGGGGUGCCAGUGUACAGCAACCCGGUAGCUGACAGUUAUUUAUUCACCAGCAACCAUGACCCGGCACACUACUACAUCCCUGGUUUAAGUGAACCCUCUUCACCUUCCAACUAUCCGACCAUGCUCAUGCCACAUCCUGGACAUCCCAGUCAUGCUAUCGUUUUUGAAAAUGAAUCGAGGCCACCGAGAAACCGUCCGAUUCCAACUCACAUUUUAGUCACAGCUAGUAACAAUAAACGUACGAAGCACCUGAAGCCCCCAUCUAAUAGCAAACUUAAAACUAAACCAGUAACAAUACUUACUCCUGUUACGUUUCCUGUACAAUCUUCAAGUCAGUCUGCUUUAUUCCAUCCAAGUUCUCCCUAUGCUGCACCGAUGCCAGCUAGUCACGUGCGACACCCAGCAGCGCAAACAAAGCAAAACGAGCCGAUAUCCACCAUAACUGGUGCUCAGUACAGUACCCCCCCGUCUGCUCCGAUGCUGCUGGAGGAGGUCCCCGCUCCCCCGAGUGCGCGCAGUGCCCCCCCGGCGUACGCCAGCAUAGACCCCAAGAAGCUGCGCGCCAUGCACGUCCGGCCCGCCGUGUUCUCGCGCGGCGCCGUGCCCGGCCUGCGACAGUACCAAUUGUUGUGACAGCCCUCGGGCCGGGGAGCCGCGCGUGACAAUCUGGUCAAAUAAAAAUGUUAGCCAAAUAUGUUAAACUUUAUUACUUAGGUAGGUCCUUUUAUAUUAUAUUACAUUAUCAUGACUUUUGCGAUAGACGACGAAAGCUUUAUUAUUAUUGCAGUGAAACCACUUUAGAUUUACAAUGAGGACAAGUUUAUUGAUUGUUUGAUGUAAGUAUUAGGAUACUGUAAAACUAAAGGAUAAGCUAUAGGCUGUGGGUGGAGUACCAUUGACCAAAUAAAUACAUGUACCUGCGCGGUACGUGUUGUCGUGUAGUAGUAUCAAAAUGAGAACCAUGUGUUUAAGUGUUGAGCGAUGUUUGUUAAAUAAUACUUUGUACUCAAUUCCUUUGUAUAGUAAUCAAAUCAGUUAAACUGAUCAAUAACAUUAUUAAUUAUAAACUUACGAACUGUAAUAAAUUGUAAAUACUAAAAUAUAUAAGUUAAGUAGUUUUAUACAAAAACAAAAUGUUUGCUUUCUAGCAAACUGAUUAGUUGUCCG